ACUAUCUGCUGCUACUUAGACAGCUCAUGCCCGUCGCCUGAUGGCUGAUUAGUUUAGCUUGGCGCUCCACUCCAGAGUUCAGACUUGAGAGAGAGAGAGAGAGAGAGAGCAGAGCAGAGAGGUGGUGAUGGCGGUGGACGAAUCGUUCAAGAGGCCAGGCUCCAUCCCCUUCAAGUGGGAGGUGCAGCCGGGCAUCCCCAAGCAGGAGGCGCCACCAGCCGGCGACAGCGGCAGCACGACGGCCGCGCCGGCGCCGGGGCUCCCUCCGGCGACCCCGAGGCUGGCGCUCCCUCCCGCCGCCCGCGUCAGCGCGCUGGCCUCAUCACCCGCGUCGUGCCGACGCAGCUCAACGGUGUCCUCGGCGCCGCUCUCGCCGCCGGAGACGCCCCCGCCGCCGCCGUCGUCGCAGCACCGGCGGUCCAUGUCCGCGCGCUUCGCCACGUCGCUGGUGCUGCCCUUCACGCGGCGGCCGCGGCGGGAACGCGCGGCCAAGGACGACGUCGACUACUGCCUCCUCUACACCGAGAGGAUGAUAUCGCGUAAAACUGCAUAAACUAGCUAGAUAAAAAUCGUGUACUACAUGUAUGUACGUCUCGAACAUGUAUAUGGAGUUUGUAUGAAUGAAGAAACUAGUUGCCGCA